UAUUGAGAAGCUGCAGUUUUAUGGACAUUUAUUACUCUCUCUCCCUCUUGCCUGAAACCACAAUGCUCCUGUAACCAUCAUCAACAAACUCAUCCCACCUCAAGGUUUUUUUUUUUUAUCUUUUCUUGAUUAGCAUUCUUCAGGAGCCCACAUGCAAAAGAGAGAAGCCCUUUUUACUAAAAAUGAGGUGGGGUUGAAGGUAUACUUGAAAGAAGCUGAGGUUUGGCUCUAAAUGUGAUCUAAUGCAAGUUUCUGGAUCCAAAACUUGCAGAAGUCUCUCUUUCAGUUAAAGGGUAAGUUCUUUUCUUAAAGCAGGGAGGUAUAGAGAUAAAAACCUGGACAAGUUCUUGGAUUUUCAGCUUAAGGUGUUGUGUUUGUGAGCUUGUAGUUUGUAGAGGUUCUUGUGUUAAGAUAGCCAGUUUUUCUAUUCUGGAUUUUGGUUGACCAUCAGUAGCUUCAAGUAUAUUUGUGUUGUUCAUCGCAUUUUCUUCUCCGUUGUUGCUUAUGCUUGAGGGUUGUGUGCUGUGGUCUUUGGAUGCAAAAAAAGGAGUAUGGCUUGGUGUUUAGGUGUUGUUCUUAAUGGAUUUUUGCAUUUCUUUGCUGGUUUAUGUUGUGGAACAAUGACAGACAUCAGAAUUUUACAUCUUGGUUUAAGAGGCUAGCUAACAUGCAAGUCCUACUCAAUGAAGUCCCUGUCUACCUGUAGUGUUGGUGGUUAACUAUCAAAAAAACAUCAGGUUGGUGGCCUUUCAUAUCUAUAUAUCUUGGGGUUUGGCUGGUGUGAUGGGGAAUUGGAGCCAUUCUGUUGGAGAUUUCCUUAUUAGGGUCUUGAUGACUAGCAAAUGGAAUUGUGGAUUUGUGGUUCAAUUUGUGGUUCUAUCAGAUUUAUGGUGGCUAGUCUCAGGUUUAGGCUCCAUGUCUUCCAUUGCCAUUUCUUAUGGUGAGAAAGGUCCUGCCUUUUGUGGUAUAAAAUCAGAUGGGUCUCAUCUUGUGAAUUGUUAUGGUUCAAAUUCAGCUAUAAUCCUUGAAACUCCAGCUUAUUUUCCUUUCAUUGGUCUAACUGCUGGAGAUGGCUUUGUUUGUGGGCUUCUGUUGGAAUCUAACCGACCGUAUUGUUGGGGAAGUAGUGGCUAUCUUCGACCAGGUGUGCCUCAGCCUAUGAUGGAAGAGGCUGAGUAUGUUGAAAUCAGUGCUGGUGAUUACCACUUAUGUGGUUUGAGAAAGCCUUUAACAGGCAGGCGUAGAAACCUUUCUCUUAUUGACUGUUGGGGUUACAACAUGACAAGGAACCAUGUGUUUGAUGGGCAGAUUCAAUCAAUCUCAGCUGGUUCUGACUUUAAUUGUGGAUUGUUUUCUGAGAAUAGGACUGUUUUCUGCUGGGGUGAUCAGGCUAGUAGCCGUGUAAUCAGCUUGAUUCCUCAAGAAAAGAGAUUUCAAAAGAUUGCAGCUGGUGGAUAUCAUGUUUGUGGGAUUCUAGAGGGGGUGAAUUCAAGAGCCUUCUGUUGGGGAACGAGCUUGGACCUUGAAGAAGAGAUUUCUGUGAUAUCAGCAGCAUAUUUGAAUCAAGGAAAUGUUGAUUUGCCUCCGAGUGAUCCUAUGCUGUCUGUUGUUGGAGGAAAGUUCCACGCUUGUGGAAUCAAGAGCUAUAACCGCGAGGUGAUUUGUUGGGGCUAUAUUGUAAAGCCAAGCACUCCGACUCCUACUGGCAUUAAGGUCUACGAAAUAGCUGCUGGAAAUUACUUCACUUGUGGAAUUCUUGCCGAGAAAUCUCUCCUACCUGUUUGUUGGGGUCUUGGGUUCCCUAGCUCUCUUCCCCUAGCUGUUUCACCUGGACUCUGCAAAACUACUCCUUGCCCUCCCGGUUCCUAUGAAUUUGUUGGUGCCAGCACACCGUGCACAUCUCCAGGCUCUCGUGCUUGCUUGUCUUGCAGUAAUGGUUGUCCUGCUGAAAUGUACCAGAAAACCAAAUGCACUUCGAAAUCAGAUCGUCAGUGUGAUUAUAAUUGUUCCAGUUGUUAUUCAUCAGAAUGCUUCUCAAACUGUUCUUCUUUAUAUUCCAAUAAUGCUAAAGAAAAGAACAGGUUUUGGUCAUUGCAAUUGCCGGUCAUUAUUGCGGAGAUUGGCUUUGCUAUGUUCUUGGUGGUGGUUGUGACGACAACUGCUAUUUUGUAUGUUCGCUAUAGGUUGAGGAACUGUCAAUGCUCGGCAAAACAAUCAAAGACCAAGAAAAACAGUGGUAGCGGUUCUUCAGUUUCUAAAGAUAACGGAAGAAUCCGCCCCGACAUGGAUGAGAUCAAGUUAAGGAGGGCACAGAUGUUCACUUAUGAGGAACUUGAGAAGGCCACCAGCGGAUUCAAGGAAGAAUCCCUAGUGGGAAAAGGAAGUUUCUCGUGUGUUUAUAAGGGGGUUUUAAGGAAUGGGACACUUGUUGCAGUGAAAAAGGCAAUAGUGUGUUCUGAUAAGCAGAAAAACUCGAAAGAAUUCCACACUGAGCUUGAUCUGCUAUCAAGACUAAACCAUGCUCAUCUGCUCAACUUGCUUGGCUAUUGUGAAGAAGGUGGAGAAAGGCUUCUGGUUUACGAAUUCAUGGCUCAUGGAUCCUUGCACCAGCAUCUUCAUGGAAAGAACCCUGCCUUAAAAGAGCAAAUGAAUUGGGUUCGAAGGGUUACCAUUGCAGUACAAGCAGCUAGGGGAAUUGAAUACUUGCAUGGUUACGCUUGCCCACCCGUAAUUCAUCGAGACAUCAAAUCUUCAAACAUUCUCAUUGAUGAAGAACACAACGCCAGAGUGUCUGAUUUUGGCCUUUCUUUGUUGGGGCCAGCUAAUAGUAGCUCGCCGUUGGCUGAGCUACCUGCAGGAACUCUUGGCUAUCUUGAUCCUGAGUACUAUAGGCUUCACUACCUCACAACCAAAUCCGAUGUUUAUAGCUUUGGCGUGUUGCUCUUGGAAAUCCUCAGUGGCCGAAAGGCCAUAGAUAUGCAAUACGAAGAAGGAAAUAUAGUCGAAUGGGCAGUUCCCCUGAUCAAAGCAGGAGAUAUAUCAGCCAUAUUGGACCCAGUUUUGAAGCCUCCAUCCGAUCCUGAAGCUUUGAAAAGGAUUGCAAAUGUGGCUUGCAAGUGUGUCAGAAUGAGGGGGAAGGAAAGGCCAUCCAUGGAUAAAGUAACAACAGCUUUGGAACGUGCCCUUGCACAACUGAUGGGCAGUCCAAGUAAUGACCAACCAAUAUUGCCAACCGAAGUUGUUCUUGGAAGCAGUAGAUUGCACAAGAAAUCUUCUCAAAGAUCUUCAAACCGAUCAGCGGUCUCAGAAACUGAUGUUGUAGAAGGAGAAGACCAAAGGAUCGAGUUUCGAGCGCCAUCGUGGAUAACUUUUCCUAGUGUUACUUCCUCUCAAGGGAGAAAGUCUUCAGCCUCCGAUGCAGAUGUUGAUGGUAAAACCUCAACAAGAAAUUUAGGCUAUGUUGCAAACGUCGGGGAUGGGUUGAGGAGUUUGGAGGAAGAGAUUGGACCUGCUUCACCUCAAGAAAGAUUGUUCUUGCAGCAUAACUUCUGAAAUGAGUGCCUGAAACAUUUUGAUUUCUUGGUUGUGGUUUGUUGGCUUUGCAUUUGGUUUCUUGUAGAAUGAAUUUUUUUUAUUAAAAAAAGGGUAAUUUUCUGGAA